GGCUGCGUAGGAUUUGAUUGACAGCAGCUGGCUGGCUGAAUGGUUUCGUGAUGAGGAGUGCGGCUGCGCAGGGUUUGAUUGACAGCUGCUCCCGCCAUCAAUGGGUUUGAGCUGCGGAGCCGGCGCUGUGCUGUUCGCUCUCGGUUGCAUUUUCGUUGCGAGAAUUUUCCUGGCUCUCAGGAGACAUGAAGCUGGCAAACCGGGUAGGCAGGGCACCGUCAGCGUCCUGGUGGUCCUCGGUUCCGGGGGACACACAACAGAAAUUCUCAGGCUAAUGGAUAGCCUGUCUGCUUCAUAUGCUCCCAGGCAUUAUGUCAUUGCUAACACGGACAGGAUGAGUGAAGAGAAAGUCCGCAUCCUUGAGGCUGCUAGAACCAAAGGAAAUACUGAACCUCAGCAUACCAUUCACUGGAUUCCUCGUAGCCGUGAGGUUUGUCAGUCCUGGACUACUUCAGUGGUAUCAACAAUUUAUUCACUGCUCUAUUCCAUCCCACUGGUAUUCCAGCUGAAACCCGAUGUGGUGCUGUGUAAUGGACCUGGAACAUGUGUGCCUCUCUGUAUAUCUGCUCUGAUCGUCAGAAUACUCGGAAUGAAGAAAACACUGAUUAUCUACAUAGAGAGCAUCUGCCGAGUUGAAACCUUGUCUCUUUCUGGGAAGAUACUGUACCAUUUGUCAGAUUACUUUUUUGUUCAGUGGUCAACGCUACAGGAGAAAUAUCCUAAAGCAAUCUACCUUGGCCGACUAGUUUGAGCUCCCCGUUGAGGCUGGGCUGCUGAUUGCCUAGAUAACAUCUGUGCCCAGAUGUCAGGAAGCAGCAGCUAUGCAGAAUAAAUAUACAUUCCAGAGGUUGUAUAUUGGGCCUCAUGCCUGUAAGGGGGAAAAUGCAUACUGAAAGGAAAAAUUCUGUGUAAAUUUAUGAUUUUGGGGGAAGAUAUGCUCGGUAUAAAUUUGUGGUCUUGGGACUGCUUGCUUGGUCAGAGAAAGUAUUAACAUGUCCAGUUUGAGGGAGUUAACUCCCACGUAAACAAUCUUAUAGAACUGUUAGAAAUGUUGGUUGCUUCAAGUGCUUUAGACUCCUCAGCUCUCCACUUUCUUGUCACCAUGUUUUAAUAGAAGAAGGCCAUUAGAUCCAACAAACCAGCUCGUUUUAAUGGAUCAACACUAUUAUCUUCUUGCUGUAUCCCUCAGUCCUUGACUGACAAUAUAUACCAAAUGGAUCUGCAUUUAAUUUAUAUUUAUUCUGAAUGCUUAAUUGCUAUAAACAUUUUGCACAUCAAAGGUUAGUGUGUCAGUGCACUUGACUCCCAGCCAGAAGUCAUUUGAACUCUCCUCGUUUUGUAGAGCAUGUUUUCCUUUUUUGAGCUGUCAGAUGCUCAUGUUAUGAGCAAUCUUUCAUACUAUUGUGUGCUUUCUUCCUACCUAUGGUUUUCGAAACACCAAAGCCAACUACAGAAGUGAUAAAAAUGUUGGCUGGCAUACAUCUAUUUUAUCUAAAGUCUUUCUGUGACACUUAGAACUAUUUGCUCUGUCAUUAUUUACCCUAAUCUCUGAUGCUCAUCACUGCUGGCUUUCUUUUUUUAGAUUGUUAAUUUUUUGUAUUUUACUUCCCCUCCCUGUUAUUCCUUUGUUUCUCCUGGAGGUUUGUUUUGUCAUCUACCAUUGCUUUUCCUCCUUAUUCCUCUCAUUGCACCUGUUUUUAAAAAAAAAAGUUCAGGUAAUUCUCAAUUAUUGAUCACUAGGAUGGAAAGGUGGGGACUGAUCCCUUCGGUUAUGGCAGAUGCUUGAGGUUCUAGUGUUUAAAGAAAGAAGGAAGGACUUCCAUUUAUAUUGUGCCUUUCACAGCCUCAGGACAUCUCAAAGUGCUUUAUAGCCAAUGAAGUACUUUUGAAAUGUAGUCAUUGUUUAAUGUAGGAAACAUCAUGCAGAAGGUAAAUAUUCAGUCCUGGGUGAUGGAAAAUUUGACUUGCUGCAACUCAGACUGUACCUCCAUAAUCUCUUGUGGGGGAAACAUCCAUAGUGGGGUGCAACUUCAAAGAGAGAAAUAUUCUUUUCUAAAUGAAAGAAACAAAAAAAAAAAGCAAGUCUAGCACUAAGGUUCUUUUCAGCUGAUUUAGAAAUCUGUCCAGGGCUUGGCAGCAAGCCAAAUACCUCAAAAUCAGUGUGUACAAAUGCAACAAUAAUUCAUAAGUAGCUGCCAGUUUCCUUUCUUUCAUAUUGUUGCCUAGUUAUUGCAAUGGUAUCUUAAAUGAAUUGGUGUGCAGAUUCCUACCCUGA